AUGUCGAAGCGAGGACGUGGUGGGUCCUCUGGUGCGAAAUUCCGGAUUUCCUUGGGUCUUCCGGUUGGAGCCGUGAUCAACUGCGGUGACAACACAGGAGCCAAACAUCUGUAUAUCAUCUCUGUGAAGGGAGUCAAGGGACGACUGAAUAGACUUCCUGCUGCUGGUGUGGGUGACAUGGUGAUGGCCACCGUCAAGAAAGGCAAACCAGAGCUCAGAAAGAAGGUACAUCCAGCAGUGGUAAUUCAACAACGAAAUUCAUACCGGAGAAAAGAUGGUGUGUUUCUUUAUUUUGAAGAUAACGCAGGGGUCAUAGUAAACAGUAAAGGCGAGAUGAAAGGUUCUGCUAUCACAAGACCAGUUGCAAAGGAAUGUGCAGACUUGUGGCCCAGGAUUGCAUCCAAUGCUGGCAGCAUUGCAUGAUUCUUCGGUGUAUUUGUAAAAGAAAAAAAAAAUAAUAAAAAUUAUUUGCUCCAAAGGAAAAAAAAAAAA